AUGGCUGAAUCUCACAGAUUGUACGUCAAAGGUAAGCACUUAUCAUACCAAAGAUCCAAGAGCGUUAACAACCCAAACUGCUCUUUGAUUAAAAUUGAAGGUGUUGCUAACCCACAAGAUGCCAAAUUCUACUUGGGUAAGAGAAUUGCUUACGUUUACAGAUGUUCUAAAGAAGUUAGAGGUUCAAAAAUUAGAGUUAUCUGGGGUAAGGUCACCAGAACUCACGGUAACUCCGGUGUUGUCAGAGCUAAGUUCAGAACUAACUUGCCAGCCAAGACUUUUGGUGCCUCUGUCAGAAUCUUUUUGUACCCAUCUAACAUCUAG